AUGAGUGAGACAGAUCCCAACAGCGUGCGGCCUGGCUCGUCCUUGGGCACGGGAGCCCCCAUCGGGAGCGGGCUGCUACCACCACCGCCCAUCUUCAAGCCCACGUUUGUGCAGAUGAACAAAACGGGCUCGUCCACAGAGUCCAAGAACGCGUCGCCGGUGCUGGCCGGCAGUAGCAACUCGAACUACCUGACCUCGUCGUUUGUGUCGAACGAGGAGUACAAAAACAAGCUGAUCCAGCAGUCGCCGUCCAUCUCGCCCAUGACGUACGCCAUGGACAUGCCGUCGCCGGGGCCAGCAAGUCCUGCGCUCACGGCGAACCGCAAGCGACGCAAGUCGAUGGUCACCACCAAAGAGGAGCUCGAGCGCAAGCGCAAGGAGCUCAAGAGCCAGCACUCCAUCAUUGAGAAGAAACGACGUAUCAAGAUGAACAGAGAGUUUGAGGCCCUCAAGUUCAUGGUGCCCGCGUGCCGGCUCAACAUCCUCAACGGGCUCAACGACAACAACUUCGACAACUCCAACAUGAUGCACAAGCUCACCAUUCUGCAGAGCACGGUCGAAUACAUCAAGUAUCUUCAUUUGGUGAUCAAGCUACUCAAGUUGCAGAUGCUCACGCCGUCCAAGACUCGGCCGCUGUUCCAGCGCUGGCUGGCCAAGAACGACAACCUGCGGUUCGUGGACUUUGACCUGGAUCUGCAGGCGUACCGCACGAUCGAGAACGAGUUCAACUUCGAGGAGCUGUUUUUGAAAGUGUGGAAGAACGACGGCGAGAUGCCCGACACUCUGCUCGACGCGGUGUCCAAGGAGGUGGAGACGCUCGCCAACAAGGACGACGACGGCGAUGACAGCGACGAGGACGAGCUCGAGGCCACCGCAGCACGGGUCCCGCAGAUCGGCGACCUGGCAGGGCAGCUCCCCACCGAGCUGCCCAGCCCGCUGGUGACCCCAGACAUCCGCGACCUGGGCAGACCCUCCACCGUGCGCACACAGUCGCUCCCCACAGUGGGGGCAGACCAAACGUCUCCGCGUCGCACCAACGCCAAGUUCAAGCUCCCGUUGCCGGCCAUCGUGGACGAUAAGAUGCUAUCGGGAAAGAAUGAGCAGGAGGUCAACGAGAUGGAUGCGCCAAAGAUGCUGAUGAUGCUAAAGAGCGACGACAAACGGACCAGUAUAGGAAGUCUGCUGAAUUAG